GAAAACCUUAUAACACGGGCUUCUAGGCUUUGAUGUUCUGGCCUUGCGGCGACAUAACCCUCUGGCCGUGCCGAGCCUGACAAUGUUGCACUUGCUUUGGCUCUCUGGUUUUGUUAUCCCCUUGGCUGGAUAUCGUGCUGCCCCACAAUAAGAAGAGCUUGGUCUGCCGUCCCCUACCGUCACCGUACACGUUCUCGUUUCUUGGUAUGGAGGGCUGGGUGGAUCCAGAGGCUGGCGCCGACGGGGCGUCUCAGGAUGGCUUGCCGCCAGAGCAGAGAGAGGUGACCUCGGACUAUGCGCCAAGCCUUGCCGAGUCGACCUUCGGAUCUAUUUCCUCAAGCGUAAAUGAGCACAUAUGGGAAUAUGGAAGACGAUACCAUGUUUUUAGAUACGGACGAUACCCAAUUCCAAACGAUGAGGACGAAUACAAGAGGGAAAGUCUACGACACGCCAUGAUGAAGGAGAUGUUGGAGGGCAAACUCUACCUCGCGCCAAUCGGAAACCUGCCCCAGAAGAUAAUCGACCUGGGGACUGGGUUCGGCGAUUGGGCUAUAGAAGUCGGCGAGAAAUUCCCCAGUGCCAAAGUCAUCGGGGUGGACCUGUCCCCGAUUCAACCGCUCUGGCUGCCUCCCAACGUCGAGUUCAUUGUCGACGACAUUGAGGACGAAUGGGUGCAGGAUCGUAACUUUGACUUUGCCCACCUCCGCUUCGUAGGCAGUGUCAUCAAGGACAACCACACGCUGUUUAGCAGGAUAUUCGAAAACCUCCGGCCUGGCGGCUGGGUCGAGACGCAGGAGAUAUAUCCGCAGCCGGGGUCGGACGAGACGCCGCUACCGGCCGACUACGCGCCGGCCGAGUUCUACUCGCUCUGCGUCGAGGUGCUGCUCAAGCUCUACGGGUUCCAGGUCGACUCGGUCGGGAGCCUGCCGGCGGACCUCGAGCGCAUCGGCUUCGUCAACGUGCAGCGCAAGGUCUUCCACCUACCGCUCGGCGACUGGCCGCGCGACCCGCGCCUGCGCAUGGUCGGCGGCUACUUCCACGAGGUGUUCAUGGAGUGGGUCACGGCCGUGGCGGCGCGGCCGUUUGUCGAGGCCGGGCUCGACAGGACAGACAUCCAGGAGCUCGUCAAGGCCGUCAAGGUCGCCGCCGACGACAAGAGUAUUCAUGCGUACCUGCCGAUACAUUUUGUGUGGGCCCAAAAGCCGCCAGAAUGAGCGAGGUUGUCGGACUCGGAGAUUGAAAGCAGUCCGUAUCUCCUUGCUUGGAAUAGCCCGCUUCUAGAAUCCAUAAUCCAUAUAUAUAUAUAUAACUAUACGUUUGAGAUGUAGUAUAUUUACCUGCCUCUUGACUUGAAAAAUGCCGUCAAUUGGCAGGGCAGGGAGUCUAAUGGCAGCAGGGGAUUACAAAGAUGGACGAUUUAUUCGGAAAGGGAGCGGGAAGCUGAAGAUAUCGUGUCGCCUGCAUACCGAGUCUUCUCGUGCGCGCAGCGAAUUCCUAGAGCGGACGACGGAAGAAGUCGGAUUCGCGGAGAUGCGCCACCGUUAUUGCUCGUCGCUCCAAGCAGGAAUGCAUAAACCCAGAGUCUACUACU